UGCGCGCGAGUUAGCACCGGGUCCUAUGUAGGAGUGUCCGAUCUGCCGGGGCUGGAGUGGAGAGGCAGAAGCAGCCCGCCUGAGUUCCUGGCUCUGUGGGACAGGUGAACAGGUAAUGAAAUCGUCUCUUUUAUCCUACUUGCCUGUAUAGUUUUGAUCCAUCAUGGAUAAUCUGUCGUCAGAAGAAAUUCAGCUAAGGGCUCACCAGGUUACCGAUGAGUCUCAGGAUGCGGGAAUCAAGACUAUCACUAUGCUGGAUGAGCAAGGAGAACAACUAAAUCGCAUAGAAGAAGGCAUGGACCAAAUAAAUAAAGACAUGAGAGAGGCAGAGAAGACUUUAACAGAACUCAACAAGUGCUGUGGCCUUUGCGUCUGCCCUUGUAAUAGGACGAAGAACUUUGAGUCUGGAAAGAACUAUAAGGCAACAUGGGGAGAUGGUGGAGACAACUCACCUAGCAAUGUAGUAUCUAAGCAACCAGGACGGAUAACAAAUGGUCAGCCUCAGCAAGCCACAGGAACAGCCAGCGGUGGAUACAUUAAACGUAUAACUAAUGAUGCCAGAGAAGAUGAGAUGGAAGAGAACCUGACUCAAGUGGGCAGUAUCCUAGGCAAUCUAAAGAACAUGGCUCUGGACAUGGGCAAUGAAAUUGAUGCUCAGAACCAGCAAAUACAGAGGAUCACAGAAAAGGCUGACACCAACAAAGAUCGGAUUGACAUUGCCAAUACAAGAGCAAAGAAACUCAUUGACAGCUAAAGCCACUGCUGUACUUCUUUACCAGUUUCUCCGUUCUCUAGCUCCUCCUAAGUCAUUACCUGUUCAGAGUUUGAAAGUUGGUGAAAGAAGGACCAGAGGAGGAAUGCCUCCCUACUUCUUCCUUUCUGUCCUUUGGGGUAGGUUCCUGCUUAGGCUUCACUACAGCCUCUCCCCGUUCACACUCCUAAGCUGCUUUCCGUGCAUCACACCCAGUCCAUCAUCCUCCUCACUUAGCAUCUUUGCAUUCAAGAUUUGGAAGCAUUGCCAAAGAGCCAUGAAGUGUGGGUGUCUGUAUAAGUAGCUUUUGUUGUUGGUUGGUUUGUUUGGUUUUAGUUUUGUGGUAAAGAGCAAGAGGAAGGAAGAAGAAUUGAAGUUGUUAACUCAUUAAAGAAACUACAGGUCAAGAAAACGAAACAGGCUAAUGCCUGGGCUGGGAGGUUUUACUCAUGCAUUUUUCUUUUUUUACAUCACUAUUUUGCAGCUUCUGCUCCAAAGGAGAACACAGUGGGUUUUCUUACAGUGAGCUUCACUGAGUUUGUAGUGAUUUGUAUAUGUACAUAGGUUCUGGGAUCCUGUUUCAUACUGCACAUGUAGAAAUUCUCGUAUCAGGAGUCAUAGCAUGGUCCCAUUGUAGACCUGUUAACCUUGUGAAGUUGUCAUUAAUCUUUUAAAGAUGUACAUAUAUAUAUGAAAUAUGAGACUUCCUCACUAAAGCAGGGCUUCAAAAUUUUGGGUAAAGUUUGACAGUGUAUCAUGUGAAUUCAGAUUUACCUCAAUACUAAGAAUUAUGUUUAGAUAUGAAAAAGAAAACUUGUUUGAUCUCAGGUAGCAAAAUAGAUUACUUUGGAUUUUGUGUAGUUUUAGACAUUUAAAAAGUUAUAAUUUGUUACUAUAAGUUGUUUAGGAAAUUAGGCCUUCAGAUUAAUCAUUGAGGACUGUACUGCCACCCCCUCUGCUGUAUUUUCAGAGUCACGCCUAUGUAGAUCCUGCAAUGCUGGGAAUGUUGAGUUGCUGUUGUCACCUUUGUUUAAGAAUUAGCAUCUGUACACUUUAGAGCUACCAAAGUAGAUUGGCUUGACCAAUAACCAUUACUUGAUUCUUACAAUUAAAUUUUGUAACUAAUGGUAUUGUUCUUUCAAAUAGGCA